GUUGUGAUGGGAGGUCGCAGCCAUCUUGGAAGAGCGUCGCUGCGCACCGAGUAGCAGAAGCAGAGGACGGAGGACGUUAACGGUAUUCAGCUAGCCAACAUUAGCUGCACGGCCAGAUUAACAACAAUCCGUGUCGCCGUGCAAUGUGACUGUGCUUUAUAUACUUUGUUUUGCUUCUGUAGUCGACGCUUUAAGUGGGUGAAAAUGGGGACAAUUUGUGUUAAGCGUUUAUCGUUAUAAUUUGAGAGAGGGUGGCGGUGUUGCAGAUCCUCAAUAUAUUUUUAAAUUUCUGGAUAGAGGAGUUACUAUGAAUGGAGGAUAAAUGUUGCCGAAGGCUGACAGCAGCAGUUUCGUCCUCUUCUCCCUUCUCUUCGUCCUGACGUUAACGGACCCACCACGGACAGGUCCACGGCUAGCUCUGGCAAGAUUAUUGUCAGGGCAGCGCUGCAACCCUGGGCAGUUUGCCUGUCGCAGUGGGAAGAUGCAGUGUAUCCCGAUGUCCUGGCAGUGUGAUGGCUGGACUGCAUGUGAGGACAAGAGUGACGAGAUGGACUGUCCCUCUAUAAAGGACGAGAGGUUUCGUUUUGGGAAUGGAUAUGACCAGGUAGACGACGUCAUUGGUGUGGCUCAGCCUGUGCGCUUCAACAAGAAAUGUCCCAGCGGGUGGCACCACUAUGAGAAGACAGCCAGCUGCUACAAAGUCUACCUGAAGAACGAGAACUACUGGCAGGCAGUGGACACAUGUCAGAAAGUCAACGGCUCUUUGGCUACGUUUGUGACCAACGAGGAGCUACAGUUCAUACUAAAGAUCGAGGUGGAUUUUGAUGACAAAGUCUGCGAGCGCAGAGACCAGUGCAAGUUUUGGGUUGGCUACCAGUAUGUCAUUACCAAUCAGAGCCACUCCUUGGAGGGACGUUGGGAAGUAGCAUACAAAGGGUCCAUGCAGGUGUUUUUGCCUCCUGAGGGUCUUACAAAGUUUGGAGAGACCUCUCCCUCCCAGGACAACAUCUUCUGUGCCCAGCUCCAGCGCUUUCAGAUCAGGAGUAUGAAUGAGCGAGGCCUGCAUAGCUGGCAUGCUGAGAACUGCUACAAGAAGUUCCCGUUCCUGUGCAAAAGGAGGCAAACAUGUGUGGACAUAAAAGACAACGUCGUAAACGAGGGAUACUAUUUCACUCCGAAAGGAGAUGAUCCGUGCCUGAGCUGCACAUGUCAUGAUGGUGAGCCGGAGAUGUGUGUGGCUGCGCUGUGUGAGCGGCCGCAGGGCUGUCAGCACUUUCGCAAGGAUCCCAAGGAGUGCUGCAAGUUUACUUGCCUGGAUCCAGAUGGAAACAGUCUGUUUGACUCGAUGGCGAGUGGGAUGAGACUGAUUGUCAGCUGCAUCUCGUCCUUCCUCAUUCUCUCUUUGCUGCUCUUCAUGGUGCACAGACUCCGACAGAGAAGACGUGAACGCAUUGAAACGCUGAUUGGAGGCAACUUGCACCACUUUAAUCUCGGAAGACGAGUCCCAGGCUUUGACUAUGGGCCGGAUGCUUUUGGUACUGGUCUCACGCCUCUGCAUCUGUCUGACGAUGGAGAGGGAGGUGCUUUUCAUUUCCAGGAGCCUCCUCCUCCAUACGCAGCCUACAAAUACCCUGACAUCCAGCAUCCAGAUGACCCCCCUCCUCCAUAUGAAGCCUCCAUCAACCCAGACAGCCUCCUCUAUGUGGACCUCGGGCACAGCGGGGUUACCAUGGUGCCAAGACAGAUGAACGCUAUUGGAGAUGGGCUCCAGACCGAUGUUCCUAACAUGCCCGGUCCUGGGCCAGUCUCAGCACCAUCCUCUCAAGAGAGGGAGGACUCCAUAGAUAGCAGCACCCUCCUGGUGGGGCCUGACACGCCAACAGAUGGCCACACCCCCACUUCCAUGUCUGCAGACUGUGCCUCCUCCCUCAGCACCAUGGUAUAGGGCCACAAGCAGACUUCAGGGAGCUGCACCCGCUUAUUUUCCCGCUGGCUGAGGCACGUUGCAGGUGUGUUCUGUGCCAGGAGAAGACACAGCAGACUGUGUGUCGUUUAAUCCUGACUGCAGGGGGCAGAAAAAAAAGUUUGUACAGACAUCAGAAGCUGGAGCAGCUGCUUUUAUUGAGGUGCAACAGCACCAGUGGCUCUUUUUCUGAAGACAGCUGUCCUUCACAGCAUUGAUUUUUGUUUUGGGAGGGGGAGGGGUUUGUUGUUUUCUUUUAGACACUGGCAUCUGAAAGAGCAGCGAGGACUGAUUCUGUACAGACAGGAAAAACAUUCAGGCUGAGGUGGCUGCACUUCCAUCUCUAGUGCUGGCUGAACAAAGCUUAAAAGUGGCCGAGACAUCCUGCUGUAAAUACCUCCCCCGUCUAAACUGUAUUUCUUGUCUGUCUCAGUCCAGCAAAAAGCCAAUAAUGACGGUGAAACCAGCUUUUUUGCUUGUGUGCUUUUUGUUAGCAUCAUUCUUGAUGAAACUGAUGCAUCUGUAUCAAUCUCAAAGCUACAAUAACAUCCACAAUUUGUGCCACAGCAUGACCCAGAGUCAGAUUUCUAUUUGCUCAUAAAAGCCUUCUGUAACUCCCAUUUUUAUUCUCUGACACAUGAAUCUGUCUUCCAGAUUUAUAGUGCGUAUUUGCAGAGCAUGAAGUUUUGUAGGUAACGGCUUAAGAAGGUACAGUUAGUUUCCUGCUGCUGGGUUUUUAACAAGUAAUUCUGACAAAGCUUUGAAUAUUGGAAGACAAAUAUUGUGAUACUGAUCAAUAUGACUUCGAUUUUGUGUUAUUUUUGAUGAUAAUUUAUGACUGCAGGUUGUAAUCUUGGUGGAUUGAUUGUGGGAUAGAUGUAGGAUGAUUUCUCUGUUAAUCAGUGCAGUGAUGAAGACUUUCCAAGUGUAUGUGUGAAGAUUAGGGAUGAUAUUCUGUCUAAAAAAAAAAUAAAAUAAAAUAAAAUAUAUAUAUAUAUAUAUCUAUAUAUAUAUAUAGAUAUAUAUAUAUAUUAGUUUAAAAAGGCUAUUCCAAUCAUUUAGUCAUAUAAUCACACAAGUUAUGCCUUCUGUUGUAUCUUUAUCAUCAACAGGAGGAUUUGCUACUCAGUGGUUAUGAAACCCGGUGUUUUUCACAGUCAUCCCUCCACUCAAUCUUAUAUUUAAAAAAAAAUAAAUAAAUAAAAAAGAUCAAUGGUCACAUUUGGAUGCUGCCCUCUCAUCCCUGAUGCAUCUGUCUGUGCAACUCUUCACACACUACAUUUGUGAUCUCUAUUAUGGAAGUCAGAGAUGAUUAUGAUGUUCGAUGGGUCUGCUACUUUUCUUGUUUCUCAGUGGGAUUGUCUUUUUCUUUUGUUUUAGGACAAGUGUAAACUGUAUAUUUGGAACAAGUAAGAUGACAAUCGUUUGAUUCUCUAGAGGCUGAAUUUUACAAAGUCAAUAGAAGUUGGAUUGUCGAGCCGGAAAGGCUCCACCAGCACCAGCAUCCAAUCCCAACCGUUCAUGAUCCGCCUCCAAAACAACAUUUGUAAAUGUCACGCUGCACAUCUCAUGUUUGAAUGUACUGAAUUUAUAACAUGAUUUUCUUUGUGCUUGUCUUUAAGCUCAUUUCCCCUAUAUAUAUAUAUAUAUAUAUAUAUAAAUUUUUUUUUUUUUUUUUUUUUUUUUUUUUUUUUUUUUUUGCAUUGACAAUCCACAAUGGAUUAUCCAGCAAACAAAAUCAUGUUUUCAUGAAUUGUUAAAAGUGUGCAUGUGUUUAAUAGUUGAACUGAUUUUGAUUUUUUUUUUUUCUUUCUUUCUUUUUUGUACCAAAUUUUAGUGUUUUUUUUUUUUGUUUUUUCUCAACCCUCUUUAUGGAAUUCUGGUGCAUGCGUUUUGUCCUUUGGCAUGCUGAGAUUUUUUUUUUUUUUUUCUUCCUCUUUUGAAGAUUUUUAGCUGGAUGGUGUACAUUAGGCGCAAAGACUCCUGCAUAUAGUUUAAUGUCUGUGUGCAUUGACAACCUUCCCUCCACCCCAAACAGCUACAUGUAUGCUGUAGUGUAUGUGCCAGACUACAGCAGUGUGAGAACUCAUUUUUGAGGGUGGGGGGAUUGAAAUGUUUUAAAUGUAAUACAACUAAUGCUACAUUUCAUUGUCUUUUCUUUGAUAGCCUUUAAAUUAAAAUAAAAAAAAAUCUUCACUGUCA